AUGACAGCACGACGCCUGAGCGAUUCAAUUUUCGACACCGUGUGCGGGUGUUGCACAGGAGCUGCACGUCGGGGCUUUCAAAGAGCCCGUGAAGCUGAGGAAGGUAAUGAGCAACCCAGGGGCGCUGGCGAGGCUAUUUACGAUGGUCUGUGUGCUACUUGCGGUGCCAUUUGCGCUCUUGCAUUUUGCCGAUUCUCCCAGUAUGAGCUUGAAUCUCAGAAUGCUCCUCCUAACGUUCCAGAGAGGUCGGGACAGGCUCAAAACCCGCCACCUCCUGCCCCUUCUCCACCAGCUCCUAUUCAUGAGGGAGUGGUACCGGAAGAGAUGUCGCCAGAGGCUCGACGUAGAGCUGAGCAGGCGGCUAGAAUGGAGGCCUUUUUGGGCCGGCCUCCAAAACCGCCACCUCCUAGUUUUGGUUCACUAGCUCCUGUUCCUGAGGUAGGGGUACUGGAAGUGAUAUCGCCAGAGGCUCGACGUCGAGCUGAAAUGGCGGCUAGAUCUAACGAGUCUUUGAACCGGCGGGCUCAAAACCCGCCACCUCUGAGUUCUGAAGGAGAGGAAGAAGAAGGAGUGGAGGAGGUGAUUCCAUCUUCUGGUUCCACUGGGGUAGCUCCUCCUCCUCCAGGACCUCCUGAACUCCCUGCAUUCUUUACUCGGACGACCGUUGGAAUCCCUUUGAUGUACCAGUCACUCCCAAUGCUUCCAUUAGAAUCAUCACCUAGUGAGUCGCAGCCUGAACCUACUCCAGCAAAGAAAACCAUUGAGCCCUGGGCUCAGACUGACGAGUUUCCUUUCCCGUAUGGACGACUGCAAUUACACGGGCAGCAGCGACGCGAGUGGAUAGAGAACCCUCAGGCGCCAGACUGCCCUAUUAACCCAACAACAUUGACAAUUCAGCAGCUGGAGACAGAACAUCAUUAUUCGCUGCCACCUGUACUUACGACUAUAGAUCCGGAUUUUGCGCAACAGGUUUUAGAUCUUGGAUUGUCAGCAGAUCCGGUGUACUGGUCACUCCAUAUGAGAACAAAUGACUUUACUUUCUAUGGAGAGUGUGGUCCAGGUGUGCUCGUUAUAAAGUUCAUACAUCGUAGGAGAGGGUCAAAUACUUAUCAACAAUCUGAAUUAGCACAGGCUUUUUAUACCCGGAACUUUGAAAUGAAUACUUUGCGACAUGUCUUUGUUCAACACAUUAUAAACGAAGAGACAGCGCCCUUUGUUAAGGAUCUGCUAUAUAGCGAGAAUAAUAUUAAUCGGCGUGGAUUAAGCUGGCCAGCCUCGGUACCUCAGGUCUGGGACUAUGGUACCCCGGAAUAUGAUGGCUUGAUAGGCUCUCGUAUUGGCAAAUUCGUCGCAUACUUGGUUCUGAGUGCGUUUCUUCGGGGCACUCGACGCAUUGCACGGAUCGAGACAUGGGCAUCUAAAACGGAGAUUUGGGAUCAUCGCCUGCACAUCCGGUUUGAUAUUGAGCUCGUUGGUACGGCAUAG